AUGUCCUACAACAACGACGAUUCCUACGGUCAGCAGGGCGGCUACGGCGGCGGCGAACGCCGGAACGAGGGCUAUGGUCGCGAUGAGGACCGCCGUCAGGAGGGUGGAUACGGUGGUGGUGGUGGACGUCAAGAAGGCGGGUACGGAGGAGGGCGCCAAGAGGGAGGCUACGGAGGUGGACGUCAAGAGGGAGGCUACGGAGGCGGACGCCAGGAAGGCGGUUAUGGUGGAAACCAUCAAGAAGGCGGAUAUGGAGGGGGACGUCAGGAGCAGGGCGGAUAUGGAGGUGGCGGACGUGAAGAGGGUGGUUACGGAGGAGGUCGCCAGGAAGGCGGCCAUGGGGGUGGCCGUCAAGAAGGUGGCUACGGCGGUGGUCGCCAAGAAGGUGGCUAUGGCGGUGGUCGUCAGGACGAGGGUGGCUAUGGAGGAGGACGUCAAGAGCAGGGCGGCUAUGGUGGAGGACGUCAAGACCAGAGCAGCCAUAGUGGAGGUGGAGGACGCCAGGAACAAGGCGGCUACGGAAGCGGAGGCAACGGCGGCCACUCCAGCGCCUCGCAAGACUUUUACGGCGGCGGCGGAAACGGAAACGAAGGCCGCCAAGGAGGCGGAGGCUACGGCAGUGGACACCAAGAAAGCGGAGGAUACGGUGGCAAUGGUGGUGGACGUCAAGAAAGUGGAGGAUACGGUGGCAGCAGUGGUGGCCGCCCAGGGAGCAGCGGCGGCUACAACAGCGGCGGCCGUCCAGGAAGCAGUGGAGGCUACGGCGGUGGUAACAACAACCACCAGCAAAGCAGCAGCGGACACGGCGCCCACCAGCAAAGCAGCAGCACACGCCCCUCGGGCCCCAACGAAAACGAGCUGGGCUACGGCUCCAACGCAGCCUACGGCGGCACAACCCACGAGUUCGCGGGCGCAGCAUCCCACGCGCAGUCCAACGGCGGCUCAUCCGCAGACUCGAACCUGUUCGGCACCGCCCUCAGCCUGCUGUCAGGCAAAUCCGAUUCGCUCAAGAACGAAGACGUCGAUGAGGACGACGCGGUGCGCCAGCACGAGAGCAUGUACGGCAACAACGGCCAGGGCAGCAGCCGCCAGGCGUCGUCGAACAACAUGGGCGCUGCGGCCGCUAUGCAGGCGCUGAAGAUGGUCACGGGCGGAAGCGGGGGUAGUGCGCAGAGUGCCAAGGGCGGGCAGAAUCAGUUUAUUGGCCUGGCCAUGGGGCAGGCGGCGCAGCUGUUUGAUCAGCAGAAGGCGCAGGGCAAGACUGACCCCGGCGCGACGAAGCAAGAUGCCAUCUCUCAGGCGGCGCAGAUGGCACUUAAGUUCUACCUCAAGGGCAACACUGGAGCAGGCGGUGGCGGAAACAGCAGCUCCGGCGGUCUUGGUGGGCUGCUGAACAUGGCGAGUAAGUUCAUGAAGUAA